AUGGACCCGGGCCACGAUCCCCUCGCCUUAGGCAAGACUCGAAAACGUCCGCGUUCGCGAGGCUCGACGGCCAGCAUUCAUAGUGCCACGACCCAGGGCAACCUCGAGCACAGCUUUGCCGAGUCGGCCGACGUCUACUCGUCUCAAUGGCUUCCGAAUGAGCCGUCUCAUCAGCGCGAGCUCUCCAAUGGAUCGUCGCAAAUGACCCCCGAAGACCUCAUCUUGGCCUCGCAACUCCAAGCCAGCCGCGACUUUUCCAUGGACCCUGCUGCUGUCAACGCUGUCAGCCAAGUCAACGCAGUGAGCUCGGUGAGCGCGCCCAUGCAGAACACCAUGCAGGGCGUGCAACCAGUGCAGAGCGUCCAGAGCGUCCAGAGUGUGCAAAGCGUACAGAAUGUAUCAUUCCACGGUCAUACCAUGAGCCGCCAGUCUCUGUCAGCCGACUCGUUCGCCGGAAACACCAGCUUCGCCGACGACAGCCAGAUGGACCGUGACGACCAAGACGACCACAAUAACUCGUUCCAGCUGACUGCGCCGCCGCGGUCCAGCUCGCGGUCCAAUGCGAACAACGAGCUGGAGAUGCGCCAGCUGUUCCUUGCAAACAAACACCGCACUCUCCAAGAGGUUGCCGCAGAGCUGCAUGGCAAUGAGCGCGGCCCCAACAGCGAGCGCACACGUCAGGUAUUCGCCAUGCUUUGGAUCAGCCAGGUGUGCUCAACGGGUAAGGGCUCCGUUCCCAGGGGUCGCGUGUACGCGAACUACGCGUCACGAUGUGCUACAGAAAGGAUCACCGUCUUGAAUCCGGCUAGCUUUGGCAAGCUGGUGCGCGUCCUAUUCCCUGGGCUCAAGACACGCCGUCUGGGUGUCCGCGGCGAGUCCAAGUACCAUUAUGUCAAUUUCCAGUUGAAGGAGGAGCAGCCAGACAUCCGCGAGCCCCCGUUACCGGCCCCGUUACCCAUGCCGGAGAACGGUUCUUUCAACCAGUCUUUCAACUCUCUCCCUCAUAACAACAAUAACUCGGCAUCGCGACCUGACAAGCCCCUAUCAACGCUUCCCCCGUCCCAACAAUCAGACAUGAGACCGGUGCGGUCAAAUGAAUACCAGCACAGUCUCUAUAACCAACCACAAGUGGCCAGCUAUGACCAGCUACAAGCUACAACGACCAAGACACCUCAAUUACUUCGUUUCUCGACAGAGCCGGAAGAGCCGUUCAGACAAUCAGACCCCAUCGUGUUGCCGAGAAUCGAGCCCUAUCUCCCCAGUGGUACUGACCCAGACGCGGCAAAGUCGCUCAUGGCUCUGUACCGUUCAUACUGCACAUCGCUUGUUGAGUGUAUUCGGUACUGCAAGGAGAAGACCUUCUUCCACUUGUUUACAUCCUUCCAGGGGACCCUCACAAUGCCGGUGCAGAAGCUGUUUGCGCACCCGUCUGUCGCGCCAUGGAUCGAGGAGUGUGAUUUCAUUCUGUACCAGCGCAUGAUGAAGAUAGUUUCCGGAUUAACACUCCAGGUUGUGCCAAAGCCGGUACUUGACACGCUGCGCAAUAUCUCGGAACGCCUUGUCUCACACAUCCGAGAAGCCUUUCAAGGACAGCCGCAACAUGUUAUCCGAGCCAAGGAGGCGCCAGCGACCCUCUUUGCGGGAUUACUCGACCGCGCCCUGAGGGUUAACCUUACCGCUCACGCUGCUGCCAACAUGUUAUCCAAUCCAGCGAACCGUGAUCUUAUGUACAUGGAAUUCAUCUCCAUGAUCAAUGUCCGCAAAGUCGCCGAGUGCAUCCCGGCACGGGGGAUGGAUGAUGUGGUCAACAUCCUGCUCAAUGAGAUGCGGGAUCUACUCGACCCGGUCAACGUGCCUUGGGAGAUCGAAUGUUUGACGAUGCACGGAGAAGUAGCACUUCGUAAUGGAAAGCAACCGCAGGAAGGAGUGAAUGGGCAAAGCGAGAACAGUAACGUGUUGGAUCGCUGGGUUAAUUUCCUGCGGUCCCUGCCCAACCGGUUUCCCUAUGCGUCAGCGACCGACCUUGUCUGGGGUGUCCAGCGGCUUGGUACAGCCAUCUUGAGAGACCUUACGAUCGGCCAGGGUAAGAGCUUUGGGUCGUGGUGGGUGACCAAGUGCUGGGUGGACGAGAUGAUCCAGUUCAUGGCCGAGCAAGGAGGGUUCAUGCAGCAGAGGUCGGCUCAGAUCCCCCUCCAUGUGCCCAAACGGCCUGCGUCCGAGAAGGAGCUCAGCAAUGCCGGCUCGCGCUAUAGCAGUGCCAGCGAGGCUGACUUCAACAUGUCCCGCAUCUCGGAGCCCCAACCGGAUCGUGCGCCGUUCCCCUCGAACCCGUCACCGACGUCGACGACGGCGACGGCGAACAACCCGCAGACGAAUCAUGAUGACAGUGGAAUCGGGAUUAGGACGCCCGAUGAAGAUCUGCCUGGCGACAAGUUCACGUUGACCUCCGCGAAUAGUCAGGAUCUAUUCGCUGGCACGGAACUUCAAGACCAGAUGAGCGGGAUAUGA